UUUACAAACUUUUGUAUAGGUGAUGGGCGAUAAAAUGGAUCUAGAUGAAUCUAUCGAACACGAGGUACCGCAGUAUGGGUUUCCAGGGGAUUCAACGCCCCUGUUUGGGCAGAUAAAGACUCCCAAUCAGCAACCCAGUGAGGUCUUUGACUCCCACCACGAUAUUCAAACAGACACAAUCAACAACACAUACAGAGCCCCGGGAAAGAUAACCCCGACACCCAUAGAUGUCUCCACAGUAAGUUCAUUAUCAUCGAAUGCAAUUGGGAGUGGGGGUCCCGGUCCAGCGUCGGACCUUCGAUUCCUCUCGCUGGCCAACUUUUCGUCAGACUCUCUCCCAGGCACCCCACCUACACCAUCCAAUAACACCAUGGCGUUUGCUGCUCCGAUGUCGGCUAGCUCCUCCUGGAGAGGUCUUAGCAACCCGUCGCUAGCCAACUCGCCAAUGCUUGGGAACAUGAGAACUUCUCCCACGGGACCGAUUGGUGGAAGUGCCGCCAAUGGGAAUGGACCUAACGGCCGUUCCGCUAGACCAAAAUCGGCCAUUUUUAUGAUGGAUAGCAAUAGUUUUGCCAUUGCAGAAGACGGUAGCCCUGUUCAGGAAGCCAUAGACAACACCCCACGAGCCAGACGAAGUUUCCAUUUCGGUGCGGGCAGCAGUUCCAUGGCAAACUUUGGAGGAGCUUUACCUUCAAACUCGUCUGCUGCCCGGUCGUACACCCCUGUAGUACCCAUGGCGCCUCCAAUGGGGCCACUGGGCAGUCAAGGUGCCCCAUCGAUCCUGUUUGCACAACUAGGAGGACCCACCCCGCCCAGGCCCGGAAGAAGAGGUUCCGCGAAUUCGUCAGCGGCUUCAUCAAGGAGCACGUCGCCUGUUCGGUCAAGAUCGCCCGUCCGUCACCAACAUUCUAGAAAGCAAUCUAUGAGUCCUAUUCGUAAGAAUAACCUCAGUAUUGGUGGUGGUGGUGCUGGCGGCGCUGCGGCAGGAGCUUCGGCUUCACCUUUCAAUUUCAAACCACUUCACCACGACUCGUCGUCGUCAAUCUCUCUCAAGCCAGCACAACGUAAAGGUCACAAAUACAAGCACUCAUCGGUAUCGAUGAACUUCUUCCAGGAACCUCCGCCAGCUCUCUUGAACUCGUAUAACCAACCACUCUCGAUCCCGGCGCUGUUCCCGAUCCCAACCUUCCGUGAAUCGCUCACACUGGUGAAACCUCCACAAAGAGUGAAGUUGUUGUGGUCCGGGUUCCAUUUGCUGCUCUCUAUAGCAGUAUUCUGCUUAGGUAUCCACUUGGGCCUUCCAACGCUUCUGACUUUGGCACAUUUGGUCUUUUACGAUGCAUUGGGCUCGUUUGUCACUGUUUUUGUUGACGUUAUGUCCAACUUUGACGUUUGGGGCAGUUCCUCGUUGCAAUAUCCAUUUGGAUUGGGACGGUUGGAAGUUUUGGUUGGGUUUGCAUUAUCAACAAGUUUGGUGAUGGUAGGAUUAGACUUGGUGAGUCAUGGGUUGGAAGAAUGGGUAGUGGAAAUGAUGGGAGAUGAAGUAGUAGAGGCAGUCGCUACCGAGAAAGUAAUGGACGCUGUUGGUGACGCUACAGCUGCAGUUGCCGCAGCUGCGGCAGCAGCUGGAGCUGCCACCGCCUCCCACGGGGAUUCUUCGCACCAUAUUCAUCAUUCAUCAACUCCAACCCAUUUCACCCUUUUCCAAUAUACCAUAUACCUCUCAACCCUUCUUUUGGUCAUCAUUACUACAUUUAUUUCAUCGAAUUAUGUCCUUCUUCACGAUAGAAUUGCCGCUAUCGUGCAAGCCAAUCACCAGCAGCAAUCAGACGUGAUUGCCCCGCCUAAAAAGCGUGGCUAUGGUCUUUUGACCGGUAAGAACACUUCCAAAGGUAAUGGCCUUGAUUCUGAGUCACAAUCCGGUACCAAUUCAUCAUCAGUAACCGGAUUGAAGGCUAUAACUGCAUAUUUGGUUUCAUUUUCACGUAAUCCAACCCAAUUCCUUACCCUUGCCUAUUCACUUUUAUUGGUGAUUUUACCUCUUCUUCCUGAACUAGACCUCAAUGUUGAUCUCAAUGAGUCCACCACACUUGUGGUAGCUCUUCUUCUCAUAUACAAUGGUUGGAGCCUAGCAAAGACUCUUGGUGGUAUUCUUCUUCUUCUGUACCCUUCCCUGGAUUAUCAAUACUAUCUUCUUAAGCAAAGACUCGUGGAUAGUAUCACACAAUUGGAAUCAUACAGACAACUGUACACGAUGUCACGAUUGUUUGUCACCAAGGUGAACUAUGAAUUACUUGUAGUCGGAGUCCGCAUGAACAUGAAGGGUGCCAGCAGUGAUGAUGAAGCUAGAAUUCGGUUUGAAGUAACAAGAAUUAUUCGAUCAGAAGUUGAAGAAGCUGCCAAAAAUGGGAGAAAUAACAAAGUUGAAAUAACUUUGGAUAUCGAGAGAUAGGAUGGUACAACACACAUAUACUUAUAUACUUACAUAAAAACCAUGAAAGUCA